AUGAGCAAAGUUAUGAUACUAGACGACGCUGAAGAUCUGUUGGAAAACCAUAAUGUCAGCCUCAUCAGUGGAUAUGAUUUUGAAGGGUGGGACUUCCGUCGUCUACCCGGAAAUAGCGUUCCUCAAAGCAUGAAUAGUUACCUUCUUUCCUGUGCCCUGGCUCUCAGCUUCUCAGAAUAUGUAGCCUUGAGAUUGAGCCAACUUGGCGGACAGCAUCCUGAAGCCAAGAAAAUUGCUGCGACCCACAUACUACACUACGUCGCACGUCGAAAGCUAUUCGAGCCCUUGGAAAUGAAUAUGGCUUCUGUUCUGGUCCAGAAAGGAGCUGAUGUCAACUCUCCGGUCAAAGGAAAUGAGGGUCGGACUCUAUGGCAAUUUAUUCUGAGAUCCCAAAUUCCAUUGACCGGCGUGAACCCACAAGAUACUCUGAACAAAUCAAAAUCACUCAAUCCUCGAUUACCACACUUCAUGAUUGCUGCCUUAGCCUCUAAGACUAGUCCAGAUUUGUCGAGUCCGAUAUCUCUGGGCUCACUGACCGACUAUGUUAAGGCACUGAACGACUAUGUUAAGGCAUAUAUACUUCCAAGCUACCCAGAGGAAGCAGAGCAAACGAGAAUGCUAUCCAAAGAGCAGAGGCAGCCUCUCAAAAGUUGGAAGCUGUAA